AUGGACCAGGUCAGAAAAAUGUGGGCAGCAAGGAAGCUAAUUCUUGUGGUCAUGAUCCCACUGUCGUUGCUUCCUCUGCCUCUCAUCCAUCCGAGCAGUGAGUCCUCCUGUGCCUAUGUGUUAAUUGUAACAGCAGUGUAUUGGGUAUCAGAAGCAGUGCCCUUGGGGGCCGCCGCAUUGGUGCCAGCUUUCUUGUACCCGCUGUUUGGGGUUCUCAAGUCAAGUGAGGUAGCUUCUGAGUACUUUAAGGACACCACACUACUGCUAAUGGGAGUUAUAUGCCUUGCUGCAGCCAUAGAAAAAUGGAACCUGCAUAAGCGCAUAGCCCUUCGCAUGGUCAUGAUAGCAGGGGCCAAACCUGGAAUGUUGGUAUUAGGAUUUAUGUGCUGCACAGUGUUUUUGUCAAUGUGGCUGAGUAACACCUCCACUACAGCCAUGGUGAUGCCCAUUGCAGAGGCUGUGCUACAGCAGCUCAUCUACACAGGCAUUGCUGACUCACAUGAUGACUCAGACACAGUGGAGACACAGGAAGAUGAAAAAGAAAAAGAAGUGAAACUGAACAAGAAUCCACUUAAGCUUUUGUAUUGCAACAAUAGCUGUAUGAAGCCAGAGAUCUCUGUAGUAUCUGAGACUGUAAUUGAUGUCCCUGUGCCAAAGAAACCCAACAUCCGAAGGGACUCCAUGUACCCUACCAAGAGGGACCACAUGAUCUGCAAGUGCUUGUCCCUAAGCAUUACAUACGCAGCCACUAUUGGCGGGCUUAUUACAAUCACUGGUACCUCUACUAAUCUCAUCUUUGCAGAGCAGUUCAACAACCGAUACCCAGAUGCUAAAGUAAUUAACUUUGGGACAUGGUUCAUCUUCAGCCUGCCUAUUGCACUUAUUAUGUUGCUGUUAACUUGGAUCUGGCUUCACUUCCUGUUUCUUGGAUGCAAUUUUAUAGACACCUGUUCUUGGAGUAAAAAACGCAAAACAAAACGUGAGAUUCUCUCUGAGAAACGCAUCUAUGAGGAGUACCAGAGGCUUGGACCCAUUAGCUAUCCUGAAGUUGUGACAGGCCUCUUCUUUAUUUUGAUGACUUUGUUGUGGUUCACAAGGGAACCUGGAUUUGUGCCUGGCUGGACAUCUCUAUUUGAGAAAAAAGGCUACAGGACUGAUGCCACAGUCUCAGUGCUUCUUGGCUUCCUUCUCUUCCUUAUCCCUGCACGCAAGCCCUGGGCAUCUGCCUCCUCUAACAGAAAUAAAGUGGAAUGUUUCAAGGAGGAUGAAGAGGAGGAAGACCCUAUGGCACCUAUGAUUACAUGGAAAGACUUUUUGAGACUAAUGCCUUGGGAAAUUGUGAUUCUGGUUGGAGCAGGGUAUGCACUGGCAGCAGGGUGUAAGGUAUCAGGACUCUCUAUGUGGAUUGGACAACAAUUGGAGCCAAUGAAUGGAUUGCCUAUAUGGGCUGUCACUCUGCUUGCCUGUCUGCUUGUAUCUGCUGUGACCGAGUUUGCCAGCAAUCCUGCCACACUUACUGUGUUUCUCCCCAUACUUUCUGCCUUGUCUGAAACUCUGCAGAUAAACCCUUUGCACACACUCAUCCCAGCCACCAUGUGUGUGUCUUUUGGAGUUAUGUUGCCUGUUGGAAACCCUCCAAAUGCAAUUGUGUUUAGUUAUGGACAUGUACAGAUCAGUGACAUGGUUAAGGCUGGUUUUGGGGUGAAUCUGAUUGGAGUUUUGGUUGUCAUGCUGGCCAUAACCACAUGGGGUGUUCCACUUUUUCAACUCUCCGGGUUUCCUGUAUGGGCAGUAAUGAGAAACACUACCGGCAGCUUAUAGUCAGAAGGGAAUGGAAAUGAACUUAUUUGUAUAAGUGACCGUAACAUUUUAUUCUUACAGAAACAAAUAGACAAUGUAUGCUGAAGAAUAC